ACAGAUACACACACACAACAAAUACAUAAAAAUAGAAAGUACAACUUCAAAAAUUUAUUAUUAUCACCCAAAACGACCUUUCAAAAUUCAAUAAAACGAUAUAUAGUAGCUUCAAUCACGCUCCCAAAAUCUCUCUCUCUCUCUCUCUCAUUCACAUUUAAAACCAGCGAUGAAAGAAGAAGAACAAGAAGCCGAUACCGAACUCGGCUUCGAAACCGGCGGCGCGGCUCUGGUUUCUCUGGCGCCGUUUUCUUCGACUCCUGCGCGUCGGCUCUCGAGUAACUUUGCUCAGCCGAGCCGUCCGAUCCUCUCGGCUAAGCGGCUCGCAUGGGUGUCACUCCAGGGGCGGCUCGUCAACGCCGAGGAAGCCAGCUCGGCUAAAAAUGUCGGCUUGAGCCGAGCCGAAGCCGUGGCUUGGGAGCUCUUUACUCCUGUCCAGAGGUUCCUCAUCGUUGCCGUGAUCGGCGUCGCCGUCGCCGAGUCGAAGAAGAACCGGCUCAUUUGGCAGCUCACAGAAGCUGUGGAACUUAGGGAUCAGGUACUUUCAAGCAUGCAACAGAAGCUUGACAAUCUGUGCAAGCUUGGCAAUCAGGGAGAGCAGAAUCAGGUGCUUUCAAGCAUGCAACAGAAGCUUGACAAAAUGUGUGAGGAGGUUGAUAUUGUUAGGGACCACUCAGAUGGUGGGGUUGAAACUACAUUCAUCAAGAAGGCAGAUUCACCAUGUGAAGAAGCAUUCGGCUCUGACGCAGUUAAAUUCAUUGAUUGCGGCUGUUGGCUCUGUGAUAAACAUCGUGACUUGGAGGAUAACUCUCUAAGGAAAUCUUCAACUGGGGAUGAGAUAAUUCAAUAUAAAAUGUCAUUCUCAAAUGAUGCUGAACCAGAAGAGCGUCGGAUGUCUGAUUUGUCAGAUUGGGCUUCAAGUGUCACAUCUGCUGCUGACAUUCAGAUGAACACAUUGGCAGUAGAACAAGACAUUUACAACCUCAAGAGGGACUGUGAAGAGAAGGAUGCCACCAUAAAGAAGCUAUCCACUUUGCUCCAAUCAUCUGAUGUUGCUGGUUCAAAGAGGAUUUCAGAGUUAGAAGAAAUUAUACGUAGGAAGAACAUGAUAAUCACAAGACUGAAGAAGGACAUGGUGGUCCUAGAGCAAAAGGUGGUUCACUUCACAAGGCUUCGGAGAUCUUCCUUCUCUGCCUCAGACUCAACCAGUGAGAAACUUCCAUGCAUGACAGAUAAUCUCCUUUAUGAUAUGGAUAGUACUACUAGCCCUUCAUCUUCUGAUUCAGAUUGCUCCUCUGCAAACCGGUCACAUGCUCGUGUUGCUAAAAUUGAAGAGAUUUCUGUUAAGAAUAGCAACUGUGCUUCUACAGGAAAUCAGAUGUCAGUGCCAACAAAACCUUCUGGUUCCAUUGUGAGACCAACUGAUUGGCGCUCAAAAUCUCGAUCAGUGAGUCCGCUUAAAGAAAUAUCUACAAAUUGGAAAUCUGAUGCAAUGUCUUCUUCAAGGCAAAAGCAGUUAGCUGGUGGAGACUCAAGAAAGAGUAAAAGGCGACACCUAGCUGGAUCUAAGGAUGCAACUCCUCAAAAGAGAUGGACAUAGUUGAAUGCAGGAUAUGUGAGUUAAGUAUUCAAAUAUAUCUCCAAUUUGGUGAGAAGAUGCUUCGCAUUUUCAACCUAAAGCUUGGGACAUAUGCUAGUAUAUAUAGGAGCAUUUCUGUCUUUUUUUUAGUGAUCAUAUUGCUGUUGACUUUAUAUAUUUGUAGAAAUACGGUACCUUCUGGAUAUAAUAGUUUAGAGGGAUAAUUGGAAAAAUAAUCUUUUGGGACCAAA